CUCACUGCUGCAAUCCGGCUCGUGGUGGGAUGUUGCUGCCCCCAGUACGGUUAGUUCAUUCAUACGAUGCAGAGCGCAACGAUGGGCUCCUCGAAGCUUACCGUAGCCGAAGUGAGCGAGUCCUUACAGCGGUUUGGCAUCGCGGACUAUAUAGUUUUCGUGGCUAGCUUGUUAGUAUGUGUAGUGAUCGGUGUGUACUUUGGGUGGAAAGAUUGGAGCGUUCAGCGGGAACGGAAACAGAACGUAAGGCGUGGAUCGGAAGCGCUCAACUAUCUGGUCGGUGGGAGAAAGAUGAAAAUUUUCCCAGUUGCGAUGUCCCUGAUUGCUAGCUUCAUUUCCGGCAUUGCGGUCAUGGGUGCGUCUACCGAGACGUAUCUGCACGGUACUCAGUUUUGUUACAUCUUCACCGGGAUCAUGCUGAUGGCGGUUAGCAUGAACUUCAUCUUUCUGCCUGUGUACCAGGGACUGGAAAUAACGUCUGCCUAUGCCUACCUGCAGCUGAGGUUCGAUCGCAGAAUAAGGUUGCUUGGCUCUGGCCUGUUUACGCUGGCAACGCUUCUUCAUCUUCCAAUCGUUAUUUACGUCCCGGCGUUGGCAUUCAAUCAAGUGUCUGGUGUAAACGUACACAUUGUAUCCACCAGCGUUUGCAUGGUGUGCAUAUUUUACACCUUGGUGGGUGGCAUUAAAGCGGUCGUCUGGACGGAUGUGAUACAAAUGUUAAUUAUGAUUGGCGCCCUGAUCCUGAUCGUUGUCAAAGGAACAGCCGACAUAGGUGGUCUAGGUGUGCUGAUCGAAAGGAACAUGGCAAGUGGACGGUUUGAGGCUCCAAAUUUCAGCUUGGAUCCCACCGAGAGGCACACAAUUUGGGCCAUCUUUAUUGGUGGCGGAAGCUUCUGGAUGGGCAAAAACGCUAUCCAUCAGAUGAUGAUCCAACGCUAUCUGGCGCUGCCUACGUUUCGCGAUGCACAGAAAGCCCUGGUGUGCUUCACGGUGGGCAUAAUUCUACUCCUGAUGACCUGUUUCUACAAUGGGCUGCUGAUAUAUGCCACAUUCUACGACUGUGAUCCACUGACCACGGGAUUGGCGAAGGCGAAGGACCAGCUGCUACCGGUACUGCUGAUGAAAGUGCUCGGCAACUAUCCCGGACUGGCGGGACUGUUCGUAUCCGGCAUUUUCAGUGCGUCGCUUAGUUCACUCUCCACCGGGCUUAAUUCGCUAUCGGCCAUAAUGUUGGAAGAUUUCGUGAAACCUUUCGCAAGGCAGCCGUUGAGCGAACGCAGCACACGGUACAUCAUGCGUGGCACCGUGCUGGCCUUUGGCAUCGUUGCGGUCGUGCUGGUACUGGUGGUAGAAAAGCUUGGUACCGUGCUGCAACUUUCGAUGAGCCUGGUUCCGAUUUCGUUAGGCCCACUGUUGGGGUUGUUUCUGCUGGGAAUGUUGCUACCGUGGGUUGAUUCGACUAGCGCCCUCGGUGGAGCUAUAUGUGGAUUGUUCACCAUGUCGUACAUUGUCAUUCGAGCACAAAUAGCGGUAGCUGCAAAAGAGAUGCCAAUACUCGCGAAACCCGUAUCGGUGGAAGGGUGCGAGUAUGAGUUCGAGCUGCCACCAGGAUACAACACAACCUCAACGCUUCCUACGCCACCGAUCGAAAAGUCUAUCCAUCACGUGUCCUACCUGUUCUACACCUUCAUCGGUGCCGUGACGACCGUUCUCGUGGGUUCCAUUACUGCCGCCAUCUUGCGACGUCAGCAGCCGGGCAAACUAGAUCCGCUGCUGCUUGCUCCGUUUGUUAGAAAGAUAUAUUUCCCAGAGUCCAUACCACGUACUAUCGUCACUACGCACACCUUUAAUAAAGAGGAUACCGAACUGUACGUUGUUGUUGUUGGUUCUCGAGUAGCAUGCGUCAUGCCUUAUCCAUCUCUCGAUCGGAUUACACGUGAAAGUGGCGUUCGGUGGGGAUGAUCAAAAGUCAAGAGGUUGUCUUAUCAUAUCUGUUU